CGCGGUUCUCAUGUGGACCCCCCCACGCCCAGGGCCGACGGGAAGCUGCAGGUGCUCCUGGGCGCACACUCCCUGUCGCAGCCCGAGCCCUCCAAGCGCCUGUACGACGUGCUCCGCGCAGUGCCCCACCCAGACAGCCGGCCCGACACAAUCGACCACGACCUCCUCCUGCUGCAGCUGUCAGAGAAGGCCGAGCUGGGCCCCGCCGUGCAGCCCCUGGCCUGGCAGCGCUUGGACCGCGACGUGGCGGCCGGCACGCUCUGCGACGUGGCCGGCUGGGGCGUGGUCACCCACGCGGGCCGCCGGCCGGACCGCCUGCAGCAAUUGCAACUGCGGGUGCUCGACCGCGCCACCUGCAACCAGCGCACGUACCACGACGGCACCAUCACCCAGAGCAUGAUGUGUGGGGAGAGCAACCGCCGGGACACCUGCAAGGGCGACUCCGGGGGCCCGCUGGUGUGCGGGGGCGUGGCCGAGGCCGUGGUCACGUCGGGCUCGCGCGUGUGCGGCAACCGCAAGAAGCCCGGCAUCUACACGCGCCUGGCGAGCUACGUGGCCUGGAUCGACGGCGUGAUGGCCGAGGGCGCGGCCGCUUGACGAGGCGGCCCCGAGGGGCGGCCGACCGGGGUCGCGCAAUAAAGCAUCCUCUCCUGCA